CACUGAGAGUCCCCCAGGAGUUCUGCAAAUGACUUUUGGUGUUUUUAAUGCAGGAUUUCUGGACCGCUGUGAACCUUGAUGGCAGCUUGUCUUUCUGCAACAGGCAACAUGGCCAAAGCCAGAACAGACGAAGAAUUGAGAAUUCUGCUCAUUGGCAAAACCGGAUCUGGGAAGAGCGCAACAGGAAACACCAUCCUGGGGGCUGAGAAAUUUAAAAGCACAUCCAAUCUUGAUUCAACAACCAAGACCUGCGAAGGAAGAGAAGCCACUGUAGGUGGCAGGACAAUUGUUGUUGUUGACACACCUGGGUUCUUUGAUACAAAAAUUAAGAAACGCUUCACACGAAAAGAACUUAAGGAGUGCAUUGACAUGGUCUCUCCUGGAGCUCACGCCAUCCUCGUCGUGAUAAAAGCAGGAAAGAUCACGAAGGGGCACCAGGAAACAUUCCAGGAAGUGAAAAGCCUCUUCAAGAAUGAAGGAAAGAAGUAUCUGAUUCUUUUAUUCACCUAUAAAGAUGAGUUAGAUAGGAAUGGUUCAACUCUAGAGAAGUUCUUAAAAGGUGCUGAUGGGCACCUUAAGGAUCUGAUUGAGAUGUCCGAAAGACGAAUGAUUGCUUUUAACAAUGUGGCUGAUGAAGAAGAAAAGGAGAGUCAGGUGAAGAAGCUCAUUGAGAUGAUUGAUGUCUUGGUGGCACUCAAUGGCAGAACACCACUGUACACCGAAGAACAAUUCAAUAAGGACAUGUCUUGGUGGAGUUGGCUUACGUCUUGCUGGAGAUAAGGCUUAAGUUAUUGUAAGUUUAAGUUAAGUCUGCUGCAACUGGAUUUCAUAUGGACUGUGCCAAUCCUGAAUGUAUUGGAUUUGUGACCAUUUCGCUC